AUGUCGGACGAGACAUUACCGUCGCUGGAGGAGUUCAAGCUGCACAAUCUCCUGAAAGCGAUCCCCGAGGCGCAGCGGGAUUUGACGCAGGCCAUACUGCGGGUAAGCAAGUGCUACACGAAGGACCUCGACACGCAAUGCGAGGAGAUUAUUAAUAUAGAGAAGGAAGAGGUGAUGGACAGAUUGGACCGUGUGCAGGGCAGUUAUGAGAGCAUCAAGGCUGUCGAUAGGACGAGAUACAUGGACCAGAUAAAACGCCUGGAAUCUGAGAUGGGCGACGUUGCGCAGCAGUUUGCCUCCUCGCAAGAGCGUAUCGACCGUCUCGUGACGAAAAUCAAGCGAGUAGAAAAGAUGAUGCAAUUGAAAGACCGGCUAUUCGACCCGAAAACGUUCCAUUAUGACCAUUACAGAGAGUUAUACCAAUACGGCAUGCGCAAGGACGCAAAAGAAAAAAGCCCGCUGAAAGAGCAGCAGUUUCUAAGUCUCGAGCAGGAGAUCGGGGAGCUCCACAGACAGCGGUCCACCAGCAUAACGCGAAUCCAUAACCCGACCCACCUGCUGGUCCACGAGGAGCCAGUCACACAGAUCUCGCAAACUGUCGCCACCGCGACGUCGCCGCAACUAGACCACGAUGCGUCCACCACGUUGCGUGGGUACGUUAAGUAG